GGUUCUUCACGGAUUUGUUUUCCUUUGUUCUUGUUGUACCAAGUUCUGCAUGUUCUGGACUACAUAUUCUUAUAAACUAAAAUAUUUAUUGUCAGGUAUAUCACAGGGACUUGUUUCUUGCAUUUCAGGAAAUGAAUUAAAAAGAAAUAUUGAGGAUUUGGGAAACACCAUGUUUACAGUAGCAGUUUAUUUCACAUGUUUAAUGCAGUUUAUCUCAUACAUGUCAUAUGGCAGUGGUUGUGGUACCGUCACUCACAUGUUAAUCAGUGGGAGAGCAAGAGAGUUUUAUGAUGCCAAUGAUAGAUAUAAUGAUUAUAGACAGUUAUUGUACAAACAUAGAGAUGCAUUACAAGCAGGAAGUGGCUACCCAGAUUCUUUUUAUGGUCCCACUUGUUUUGGUGAUAAAUUCCAUAAUGUGUCAGAAGAUACGCACUGGACUCCAUUUCUAAAUGCAUCUGUGAAUUACAUAAGAAAGAUGUAUCCACAACCAUGGGACCUGGAAACAGAGAAAUUGGUCGUAUUUUUGUUUGGAAUUGUAUCUCAUCAGACAGCUGAUAUUUUAUGGCAUAGUCUUGGUAUAUCUCAGGGAUUUCUAACCACAAUGGGAGAUAUAAAUUUCCAUGGAGAUUAUACGUCUGCUCACCAAUUUGGUGACCUUGGUGGUGAAUUUGUGAGUCUUAUAGACUUAGAUGCUGAUUUAGUAGUAGACCUUGAACAAAAAUGGUACAUACCAUCAAAAGAUCUAUUCAAUAUUUAUAGAGAAUUUUAUGGAACAACAAAGAUAACUCUAUCUGAUAUAGAGACUUGUUCUUCAUGGAUUCUACUAGAAAGUGUAGGAGCAGCACUUGCCAAAUCUGAGAUAUAUUCAGGUGUUGUUGAUAGAAGUCCAUUUCUGGUACAAGAAAUGGAGAAUUAUUUUCUUGGUGGAGUAAAUGAUAUGGUUGGGUGGACACAGAGAAGUUGGAACAAUGUAGUCACAAUGCUGAACAAAGGAACUGAUGUUUGCAACUUGCCAUACAAUCCAUUAUUUGUAACUUGUAACAAAAGUUCAACAUUUAAGAAUACCCAUGAAGAGAAAAUACAAAAUGGUUAUUUUGUAAAUCAUGGUAAACAUGGACUUACACGGGAAGAUUUCAACAUCACAAAAACAGCCAGAGGGAUAAAUAUUGAGUUAGGACAAAAGCUUAAGAAUGAAUUACAGUGGAAAUAUAAAGAAAUCAGCAAACUAAAAAGAAAACUUUUCACGGAAAGAAAAAAAGAAUCAGAAAAAAAGAAAUUGAAUAUACCAACUACAAAAUUGAUGGUAAAUGGAUCUUAUGCCAGAUUUGGAUGGUCGAUUUCAUCAGGAGAUGUGGAUAAUGAUGGCUACAAUGAUGUUGUUAUAGGAUCUCCUGGUUACAGCCAUGUGAACAACUGGCAGACAGGAAGAAUAUAUAUUGUCUAUGGCAGUGAGUCCAGAACAGAUUUGUUUAAUACAGAAGUUAUCAAUUUGGAUGAUCAAAAACUGGAGCAGCUAAAUGUCACCUUUAUAGAGGGUGCUGACAAGAAACAGUCCAGAUUUGGCACCAGUGUAACUGCAUUAGAUAUUAAUUUAGACGGAGUUGAUGAUAUUGUUGUAAGCAGUCCAUCUUUUUGGAACAAUAGUCCCUUGGAUUAUAAUGGGUUGGUAUCAGUGUAUCUGGGACAGUUGAACAAGAGACAGUAUAGUAAACCAGAUAUUGUCAUUACUUGUAAGGUAAAAUAUUGUAACCUAGGUUAUAGUUUAAACAAAGCAGACGUAAACAAUGAUGGAUUUCAAGAUCUACUUAUUGGUUCACCCUAUUAUACAGCUGGGUAUGAACAGAUGGGCAUUAUUGCUGUACUAAUGGCUUCCAAAAACAUUAAAGCCAAAAGCUUCUUUGAAUUUGAAAAACUACAGACAAAACUGUUACCAGAAAAGCAGCAACCUUAUGCCUGGUUUGGACAUAGCAUUAUGUCUAAAGGAAAUAUAGUAAUGGUCAAUUCACCUAAUUACAGAAAGUGUUUCUUAUCAAAUUGUUCCUACUCUAAGAAUGAUAUACAGGUCAUUGGACAAUCUCACAUCUUCAGUUUUGACCAGAAACAACCAAAUUUAACCCUAACGGGAAGCUCACUUUAUCAGUCAACAGGCUACAGCGUUGAUAUAGGAUUUCCUUAUGAUAAAGAGAACUUAGUUAUUGCCUACAGUAUACCUGGCAAUGAUGUUAAUGGUAGAUUUAACAUUUUUACUGAAGACAUUUAUAGAGCAGGCAGUGUUGUAUUAGUGAAUUACAAAAUUAAUGAAGGAAAUAUUUUAGCUCAGUUUGAUGGCAAUAGGAAAUAUGCCAGAUUUGGACAAGCUGUUAAGUUUUGUGACUUGAACGGUGACGGUUUUGAUGAUUUGAUAAUAAGUGAGCCUAAUCGAAUAAAAGAUAGAACUGAAUGGCAGUAUAUCAAAAAUGGAAGAAUUUAUGUGUUUUAUGGAGGUAACCAGAUGCCAAUAGGAAAAGCCACAUUUUCCACAGCAUGUGACCAAGAACAGCCAUGUCCAUCAAAUGUGGCAAACUUUACAUCAGACUCUUUAAAUGAGCACAGUAAUAAUGGAUAUUUUGUUUAUAAUGUUUCUGACAAGCAUGGUGUUUAUUUAUAUUCAUCUGAUGUAGCUUCUGACGCAGGAUUUUAUAAUCAUGGAGCAGGAAGACGAUCUGGUGUGGUUUGGAGAUAUUAUUUCAAACAUUAAUUGUAAAGCAGUAAUUCAAGGAUGAAGAUCACACCGCCUCAUCAUCAGAGUAAACACAAACAUGUAAUAGAUCCCACAUCUGAUUUGAAGAUUGAUUUACAUUGAAAUUACUGCUGUUAUGUACUGCGAAACUUGUCUCAUAAUAGAAUCAUCAUGGCUCUCUGUCAUAAAACUUUACUCAGAACUCAGUACAAACUUUGUGCUUGAAACACCAAAUCCAGUAUUUUGAUUGGCUGAGUCAGAGAAUUGUACUCAAAAUUUGUAUAACCACAAGGAUUGACAUACCACACAAGUUUGACUCUACCUAAGCAUCUAGCCUAUCCAGGUUACAUCAUGUUUUUGUAAUGGGCAACGAAACAAAUUCUUCAUCAGUUGAGAUUGUUUCUGAUAAACAAGAGAUAUUCAGGACUUCUCUCACAGGAAUUGUCUCUCUUUGAGAUUUUUUUUUAUUUUACUCAGUAUCCUUAUGAAAUAUUGACCAGUAUUACAAGCUUUUCCAUAUUAAGAAAGUAAAAUUUUACUUUAUGGAAUUAUGUUAUUUGUAUAAUUAAAAUAUAUAUGUUUAUUCUAGGAAUAGCAUAAACAAUUUUACAUAUUUAAGAUGGACAAUUUUAUUUGUCUUUGUAAUAGCUGGGUUGCAUUAAAUGCUAAUCAGACUGAUAGUAUGGUGAUUUUUUAAAUGUUGAACAAUCUUCCAUUUGGAAAAUUUGUGUUAUUUUUAUCUAAUAUGUCAUAGAGACUAAAUGGGUGACUUGUCAACUAGCACAAUGAAAAUCAAGCUCAGUCUGUAGGUCUAGUACAAAGCAGGGUUCAUAUUCAUAUCACAUUCAUUUGAUCUUGUUCUGAAUAUGCAUUUAAUUUGCCACUGGAAUCUAAGCAGUCAUUAGUUUAAACAAAUUUAAUGUUGAAAUAUAAAAACAUGACAAAAGGAUAGGACACAAGUUAUACAACUUUGAAUUGUCAUCUACAUUACAAAGAUAUAAUUACUUUUUACUCACAAUAAGAUCUUAAUUGACUAGAUUGACUGUUUUCCUGCUGAAGGUUGGCUGGUUUUUAGCAUAAAGAUUGCAUGAAAUGCAAUCAAAACCCUAUGGUACUGACUUGAUAUCUAUAUCUUCCAAGUUUUAUCACUACCUUUGAUAGUUCAAACAAAAUAGUGCAGUAAAAGUGAUCAUUAUUUAGAUCCAAUCCAGUCAAAGUUAUGCAAUUUAUUGAUGAUAUGUAAUACUUUGAUAUUUAAGCUACAAUAUGAUGUGUAUUUGAAGUACCAUAUUUGUCAAGAAAAUAUUACUUAAAAUUACAUAAGUAAUGCAUGGUGUAUGAAUCUGUUAUAAAAAUAGGUUCAAAUACAAAUGUACAAUCAUGAACAAAGGAAGAUAACUCAAACUCAAAUUUUUAAUUUGCCUAGUAAAAUACAAUUCAAUGUUUUAUUUAAAAAUUCACAAAAUUGCAAAAAUGGAAGCACAAGCACUUUGAUUAUUCAAUUGUUCUGGCUUUCUCCACCAAUAAAAACAGUCUGUCAUGAUAAAGCAAAUAGUGCUGAGAGUGGUAUUAAAUACCAAUAAUCAAUCAAUCAUCCUUUGUAGGUGUAGAUCUGGACACAACACUUUAUAGAAGGGGUAAUUUUAUAACCUUAGCAUUUAAAAAUACAAGAUCAGAUAAAAUAUCAUUGUAGAUCAAAAUGCCUUAUGAAUAAAUAUGAUUGACAUUUUUUGUUUCUUCAAUUUUUAUAAAGAUUUUUUAUAUUUGUUUUGUAAUCUAUUUAUGUGAUAUAUAUGAAAAUAAUCUGUCAUUAAUAAAGUAUUUUUUUUAA